UUUUGAAUAUACUAACACUGAAUCAGCACUUCUAUAGCCCUGCCUUCUCCCACUGGCUUCACUUGGCCUUCAGACAUAAUGAGGAGACUGGCUUUUCGAGGCGCUGGUUGUGCUCUGAAGAAGUUGGAUUCCAUGGGUUCCAAGAGAAGAAGAGCUACCUCCCCUUCUAGCAGUGUCAGUGGUGACUUUGAUGAUGGGCACCAUUCUGUGUCUACACCAGGCCCAAGCAGGAAAAGGAGGAGACUUUCUAAUCUUCCAACUGUUGACCCUAUUGCUGUGUGCCAUGAACUCUACAACACCAUCCGAGACUAUAAGGAUGAGCAGGGCAGACUACUCUGUGAGCUCUUCAUUAGGGCACCAAAGCGAAGAAAUCAGCCAGACUAUUACGAAGUGGUUUCUCAACCCAUUGACUUGAUGAAAAUCCAACAGAAACUAAAAAUGGAAGAAUAUGAUGAUGUUAAUCUGCUGACUGCUGACUUCCAGCUGCUUUUUAACAAUGCAAAAGCCUAUUAUAAGCCAGAUUCUCCUGAAUAUAAAGCUGCUUGCAAACUCUGGGAUUUGUACCUUCGAACAAGAAAUGAGUUUAUUCAGAAAGGGGAAGCAGAUGAUGAAGAUGAUGAUGAAGAGGGGCAAGACAAUCAAGGCACCAUGACUGAAGGAUCUUCUCCAAGCUACUUAAAGGAGAUCCUGGAGCAGCUUCUGGAAGCCGUUGUCGUGGCCACCAAUCCAUCAGGACAUCUCAUCAGUGAGCUCUUCCAGAAACUGCCUUCUAAAGUGCAAUAUCCAGACUAUUAUGCAAUAAUUAAAGAACCAAUAGAUCUCAAGACCAUUGCCCAGAGGAUACAGAAUGGAACCUACAAAAGUAUUCAUGCAAUGGCCAAAGAUAUAGAUCUGCUAGCAAAAAAUGCCAAAACUUAUAAUGAGCCUGGAUCUCAAGUAUUCAAGGUUACUAUCAAGUUUCUGAGCUUUUUUAUCUUUUCUCUGGAUAGGACUCCAUCGAAUUUGGCUACAGCCAGGCUGACAGGUCCUUCACAUAGUAAAGGCAGCCUUGGUGAAGAAAGAAAUCCCAGUAGCAAGUAUUACCGUAAUAAAAGAGCAGUCCAAGGAGGUCGUUUAUCAGCAAUUACCAUGGCACUUCAAUAUGGCUCAGAAAGUGAAGAGGAUGCUGCCUUAGCUGCUGCACGUUAUGAAGAGGGAGAGUCAGAAGCAGAGAGCAUUACUUCCUUUAUGGAUGUUUCAAAUCCUUUUUAUCAGCUUUAUGACACAGUUAGGAGCUGUCGGAAUAACCAAGGGCAGCUAAUAGCUGAACCUUUUUUCCAUUUGCCUUCAAAGAAAAAAUACCCUGAUUAUUAUCAGCAAAUUAAAAUGCCCAUAUCACUACAACAGAUCAGAACAAAGCUAAAGAACCAAGAUUAUGAAACUUUAGAUCAUUUGGAGUGUGAUCUGAAUUUGAUGUUUGAAAAUGCCAAACGCUAUAAUGUUCCAAAUUCAGCCAUCUACAAGAGAGUUCUAAAAUUACAGCAAGUUAUGCAGGCAAAGAAGAAAGAGCUUGCCAGGAGAGACGACAUCGAGGAUGGAGACAGCAUGAUCUCUUCAGCCACCUCUGAUACGGGUAGUGCCAAGAGAAAAAGUAAAAAGAAUAUAAGAAAGCAGCGAAUGAAAAUCUUAUUCAAUGUUGUUCUUGAAGCUCGAGAACCAGGUUCAGGCAGAAGACUCUGUGAUCUGUUUAUGGUUAAACCAUCUAAAAAGGACUAUCCUGACUAUUAUAAAAUCAUUUUGGAGCCAAUGGACUUGAAAAUAAUUGAGCAUAACAUCCGCAAUGACAAAUAUGCAGGCGAAGAGGGAAUGAUAGAAGACAUGAAGCUAAUGUUCCGCAAUGCUAGGCACUACAAUGAGGAAGGCUCCCAGGUAUACAACGAUGCGCAUAUCCUGGAGAAGCUACUCAAGGAUAAAAGGAAAGAGCUGGGGCCCCUGCCUGAUGAUGAUGACAUGGCUUCUCCCAAACUCAAGCUGAGUAGGAAAAGUGGCAUUUCUCCUAAAAAAUCAAAAUAUAUGACUCCAAUGCAGCAGAAACUAAAUGAAGUCUAUGAAGCUGUAAAGAACUAUACUGAUAAGAGGGGUCGCCGCCUCAGUGCUAUAUUCCUGAGGCUUCCUUCCAGAUCGGAGCUGCCUGACUACUAUCUGACCAUUAAAAAGCCCAUGGACAUGGAAAAAAUUCGAAGUCACAUGAUGGCCAAUAAGUACCAAGAUGUAGACUCUAUGGUUGAGGACUUCGUCAUGAUGUUUAAUAAUGCCUGUACAUACAAUGAGCCUGAAUCGUUAAUCUACAAAGAUGCCCUUGUCCUACACAAAGUCCUCCUUGAAACUCGGAGAGACCUGGAGGGAGAUGAGGACUCUCAUGUCCCAAACGUGACCCUGCUGAUUCAAGAGCUUAUCCAUAAUCUUUUUGUGUCAGUCAUGAGUCAUCAGGAUGAUGAGGGAAGAUGCUACAGUGAUUCCUUAGCAGAAAUUCCUGCUGUGGAUCCCAACUUUCCUAACAAACUACCCCUUACUUUUGACAUAAUUAGGAAGAAUGUUGAAAAUAAUCGCUAUCGGCGACUUGAUUUAUUUCAAGAGCACAUGUUUGAAGUAUUGGAAAGGGCAAGAAGAAUGAAUCGGACAGAUUCCGAAAUAUAUGAGGAUGCUGUAGAACUUCAGCAGUUUUUUAUUAAAAUUCGUGAUGAACUGUGCAAAAAUGGAGAGAUCCUUCUUUCACCAGCUCUCAGCUAUACCACAAAACAUUUGCAUAAUGACGUGGAAAAAGAGAAAAAGGAAAAAUUACCAAAGGAAAUAGAGGAAGACAAACUAAAACGAGAAGAAGAAAAAAGAGAAGCUGAAAAGAGUGAAGAUUCUUCUGGGACUGCGGGGCUCUCAGGCUUACAUCGCACAUACAGCCAGGACUGCAGCUUUAAAAACAGCAUGUACCAUGUUGGAGAUUACGUCUAUGUGGAGCCUGCAGAGGCCAACCUACAGCCACACAUAGUCUGUAUUGAGAGACUUUGGGAAGAUUCAGCAGGUGAAAAAUGGUUGUAUGGCUGUUGGUUUUAUCGACCAAAUGAAACAUUCCACCUGGCUACACGAAAAUUUCUAGAAAAAGAAGUUUUUAAGAGUGACUAUUACAAUAAAGUUCCUGUUAGUAAAAUUCUAGGCAAAUGUGUGGUCAUGUUUGUCAAGGAAUACUUUAAAUUAUGCCCAGAAAACUUUAGAGAUGAGGACGUUUUUGUUUGUGAAUCACGGUAUUCUGCCAAAACCAAAUCUUUUAAGAAAAUUAAGCUGUGGACCAUGCCCAUCAGCUCAGUUAGGUUUGUCCCUCGUGAUGUGCCCUUGCCGGUGGUCCGUGUGGCCUCUGUGUUUGCAAAUGCAGAUAAAGGAGAUGAAGAGAAGAAUACAGACAACUCAGAGGACAGUCAAGCUGAAGACAAUCUUAUCUUGGAAAAGGUAUGUGGAGUAAGAAUUGAAAAAGUAUGGGUUCGAGAUGGAGCUGCAUAUUUUUAUGGCCCCAUUUUCAUUCACCCAGAAGAGACAGAGCAUGAACCCACAAAAAUGUUCUACAAAAAAGAAGUAUUUCUGAGUAAUCUGGAAGAAACUUGCCCCAUGACAUGUAUUCUAGGAAAGUGUGCCGUGUUGUCAUUCAAGGACUUCCUCUCCUGCAGACCAACUGAAAUACCAGAAAAUGACAUUCUGCUUUGUGAAAGCCGCUACAAUGAGAGUGACAAACAGAUGAAGAAAUUCAAGGGACUGAAGAGAUUUUCACUCUCUGCUAAAGUGGUAGAUGAUGAAAUUUACUAUUUCAGAAAACCAAUCAUUCCUCAGAAGGAGCCCUCACCUUUGUUGGAAAAGAAGAUCCAGUUGCUAGAAGCUAAAUUUGCCGAGUUAGAAGGUGGAGAUGAUGAUAUUGAAGAGAUGGGAGAAGAAGAUAGUGAGGUCAUUGAACCUCCUUCUCUACCUCAGCUUCAGACUCCCUUGGCCAGUGAGCUGGACCUUAUGCCCUACACACCUCCACAGUCUACCCCAAAGUCUGCCAAAGGCAGUGCAAAGAAAGAAGGCUCCAAACGGAAAAUCAACAUGAGUGGCUACAUCCUGUUUAGCAGUGAGAUGAGAGCUGUGAUUAAGGCCCAGCACCCAGACUACUCUUUCGGGGAGCUCAGCCGACUGGUGGGGACAGAGUGGAGAAACCUUGAGACAGCCAAGAAGGCAGAAUAUGAAGGCAUGAUGGGUGGCUAUCCGCCAGGCCUUCCACCUUUGCAGGGCCCAGUUGAUGGCCUUGUUAGCAUGGGCAGCAUGCAGCCACUUCACCCUGGGGGGCCUCCACCCCACCAUCUUCCGCCAGGUGUGUCUGGCCUCCCGGGCAUCCCACCACCGGGUGUGAUGAACCAAGGAGUAGCCCCUAUGGUAGGGACUCCAGCCCCAGGUGGAAGUCCAUAUGGACAACAGGUGGGAGUAUUGGGGCCUCCAGGGCAGCAGGCACCACCUCCAUAUCCUGGCCAACAUCCAGCCGGCCCCCCUGUCAUACAGCAGCCAACAACACCCAUGUUUGUGGCUCCCCCACCAAAGACCCAACGACUUCUCCACUCAGAGGCCUACCUGAAAUACAUUGAAGGACUCAGUGCUGAGUCUAACAGCAUUAGCAAGUGGGAUCAGACUCUGACAGCUCGAAGACGUGAUGUCCAUUUGUCAAAAGAACAAGAAAGCCGCCUACCCUCUCAUUGGCUGAAAAGUAAAGGGGCCCACACCACCAUGGCAGAUGCCCUCUGGCGCCUUCGGGAUUUGAUGCUCCGAGAUACCCUCAACAUUCGCCAAGCAUACAACCUAGAAAACAUUUAAUCACAUCAUUGUUUCUUUUAUAGAAGCAUAAAGAAUUGUGGAACAGUAGCCAUUUUAGUUACUGGGGGUGGGGGGAAGGAACAAAGGAUAAUAAUUUUUAUUGCAUUUUACUGUACAUCACAAGGCCAUUUUUAUAUAAGGACACUUUUAAUAAGCUAUUUCAAUUUGUUUUUGUUAUAUUAAGUUGACUUUAUCAAAUACACAAUGAUUUUUUUGCAUAUGUUUCCUUCGUUUAAAACCAGUUUCAUAAUAGGUUGUAUAUGUAGACUUGGAGUUUUAUCUUUUUACUUAUUGCCAUGGAACUGAAACCAUCAAAGGUUUUAUCUUGGCUUGGGGUUCUUUUUGUUUUGGGGGGUUUUGUUUUUAUAAAAGAACAAAAUGGAGAAAAAAAACACACCAGAGUUUACAGAUUAGUUGAUAAUGAAAUGUGAAGUUGUUCCUAGUUUACAUCAGACAGGGGAGUGUACUUGUGUUCGUUUCACGUGCCUGAGUAUCUUAAGCCACUUUCCACAAAAGCUGUUUCUUACAAGUGAAGUGAUGUGCUUCUUUUGAAAGGUGGUUAUUUAGGUUCAGAUAUUUGGCAGAUAUGGCACAUUUGCUCUGUUAACUCAGAGGCUCAUACAGAAAUGUAUAAUCAGUGUUGUGCAUCUGUCUGCAGCCAGUGUACUUCUUGGCCACUGAGAGGGAAAAGCUUUGUUUUUUCUUGUGCUGAGUUACUCAUCUUUGGUGUCAGUGAUUUUUCCAGACAUGUGCACAACUUUGAAUUAUAUUUAGUCCUAAAGGUAAGUUUAAGGGUACUUUUGAUUUAUUCAUAAUGAAUUCACAAUUUAUGUCUAUACGUGUUAGGUGAUAUAAAAUUUUAAAUGUUUCAUUGAAAAACAUUGAAGUUCAUCUUGAAGAAAGCAUUAAAGUUUGCAUGGAGGUGAUUUUUUUUAAACAUAAUACCUGACCUAGCUGAGGAAAGGAGUGUGUUAACUAGAUAAGGGCUGCAGCAGAAACAUAAUUGUGAAAGGGUAGAUUACUUGUAUAUCCAAAUAUGUUUAAGUAUUCUUUAUUUCCUUAUUAUCAUCAGAUGUGGCAUUUUUGUCUUCUAAGUUUCAGGAUUAUAAUUCUCUCUUUUUUUAAUUAGUUUCUCCAAUGAACUUGGAUUUUCUUCUUUUUUCUUUUUUUAUUAGAGGGUUAUAAUUCUCAAUCAAAAAUUUAAUACUUUCUAAAAUACUUUCUGAAUUUAGCUUGUGCUUUUGAAUUACAGAAGGGAAAUUAUAAUUUAAGAAAAUUCUCACUAGAAAGUCCAUUACAGAUCCCAAACACUUGAGUUUGGUGGCCCUCUCUUUCCUAUAGGACCCUAGAAUCAACAUUUGGAGAUGGUGUAUGAUACACAGUAAGAAGCAACAAACGUGGAACAUUAUUUCACUUGAGGGUAUGUUUUUGAAAUCUGCUUUAUUGUAACAGAGGUGGUUGCCAUUGUAGUGGAGCUUCCACUGCUGUCUGUAAGUUGAGAGAGUGACUCUCAGAGGAUACUUUUUUCCUUUUAAUCUGCUAUGAAUCAAAACCCAGAUGUUUAAUUACUGUACUUAUUAAAUCAUGAGGGCAAGAGUGUAGAUUGGGAAAAGGUCUCUUACAGCUAGAUACUUUAAAUACAGGAGGCCCUUGUAACUUAAUUGCCUUUAGUCAACCACUGGAUCUCAAUUUUCAUCAAGUAUUUUAAAUAAUUUUGAAUUUUAAAAAGUGUAUCGCAAUAGUAUGUCAGUAACCUUAUUGUUAAACUGAAUCUGAUGAAUCUUCAGUUCCUGGUUAUUUGGGCCAUUGAAUCAUCAUGGACUGUAUAAUGAAAUCAGAUUAUUUUGUUCCUAGACAUCCUUGAAUUACACCAAAGAACCUGAAAUUUAGUUUUGGUUAAAUUAUUUAUUUAUUUCAUGCAUUCAUUUUAUCUCCCUUUUUUAAGGUUUGGAUGAGACUUCUUUGGGGAGCCUCUAAAAACUCUUCACUGUGGGUCAAGCGGGGUAUCAGAAGCCAGAGCACUUCUCCAGGCUCCUUCCUAGUGUCUAGAGGUGCUAUAGAAAUCAUAGAUUCAACCAAGGGCUUCCCUAAAGCAGUACAGAGCUGGCCCAGGGUGCCACUACAAAGGCCCUAAUUAAGUUUAAAAAAAAAAAAAAAGCCUAUGUAUUUAUUUUAGAAUCAUGUCUGUCUAUAUAUUAACUUGGAAAGUAUCAGUUAAUAUUUAGAAUAAAAGAUCAGAGGUCAGCCAUCUUUAAAAAAUGAAAAAAAAUCCUGACAAAAGAAAAGUAUAAGUAAACUAUGUAUCUUUUCUUCAUGAGUUAUACGAACUAUAGUAAUGUGGUUUAGAAAGUAUAAUGGCCUAAAUGUUUUCAAAAUGUAAGUUCCUGUGGAGAAUUGUUUAUAAGGGGGUAAAACCUAUAGGUUUAAAGUAGUAUGUUUGUCAGCCAACUGAUUUAAAAAAAAGGCUUUUGUUGAUUUUUUUAACCCACCUUUGCCUUCCUAUGAGGAAGAAUUAAGGGGGGACACUUAUUUGUGUAAAAUCCCCAAAUUGGUGUUAAUGACUUUUCAGCUUGGACAUCUUCAGAACUGAUUAAAACUUGGUUUAUUCUAAUUUCUGUAUCAUAUCAUCAUCUGAGGUUUAAGUGGUAACUAGUCUUAUAACAUGUAUGUAUCAGUUAUGUUUGUUCAUCUAAAGCUUUUUAAUCCAAAUAAAAAUGGAGUUUGCAAAGUGAUUUGGAUUAA